AUGUUCAGCGAUAAGCUUGCAAGGGACAGGAUAGCUGCAGUUGAACUACAGCUCAGGGGGAGCACGCAUGCGAAAUGCUCAGAUCAUAGAUCAAAUAACACAGGAGUGCACAAGGCAAGACGAAGCAUCGAUGCACUCGAAGCUUAUUAA